UUAAAUCAGGUAAACGAAUAAAUAGCUUGCAGUUAGUAUACUUCGAUAUUCUCUUACAUAUCUCUGUACUUUCCGUCACAUAUUUAAAGAUGCCUCUGUUAUACAUGAUUGAUGGCAGUCCGCCAUGUCGAGCUGUACAACUGCUUGCUCAAGAGUUAUCUAUUCCACUUACUCUGAAGAAUGUGAAUAUUCCAGCCAAGGAACAAUUCGCUCCAGAGUUUUUAAAGAUAAAUCCACAACACACGGUACCAGUUUUAGAUGACAAUGGCUUUAUAUUGAUCGACAGUCAUUCUAUUAUGACUUACUUCGUAUCAAAAUAUGGAAAAAAUGAUUCUUUGUAUCCGAAAGAUUUACAAAAGAGAGCCAUCGUUGAUCAGAGACUUCACUUUGAUUCUAAUAUCCUCUUUGCAAGAGGUGCUCGUAUUGUGAAAAGAGUUUUCUAUGAACAAAAACGAGACGUUGUACCAGAAGACCUGGCAGCAUUGGUGGAAGCGUAUGAAAUAGUGGAAAAAUUUUUAGAUUCGAAUCAAUACGUAGCCGGUGAUAAAUUGACCGUGGCAGAUUUUAGCUUUUGGACUUCACUUACUACUUGGAAUGGGAUUGGAGUCUAUACCGAAGACAAGUAUCCAAGAAUAGCCGCUUGGUUGAACAGGAUGUCUGAAUUACCUUAUUCCAAAAUAAAUAAAGAAGCAGUGGAUUCGUUCAAGGGAUAUUUUCUCCAACUUACAGGACAAGCACAAUAAAUAAAUAAUCAAUAAAUAUUAUUAUUUAAGCGA